CAAUGUCUAAGGAAGAGGAUCAUAGUGAAGUAGAGGAUCAUAUAUUAAGAAGAUUUGAUUUAUAAGAAUAUAAAGGAAAAGGAGCUUAUGGAAUAGUAUGGAAAGCAUACGAUACUAAAACGAAAUAAAUUGUUGCAUUAAAAAAGGUUUAUAUUUUAAAAUAAGCUAGGUAUUCGAUGCCUUUUAAAAUUCAACAGAUGCUUAAAGAACUUAUAGAGAAGUUGUAUUUUUGAAAUAAUUAAAUAAUCAUGAUAACAUAGUUAAACUGAUAUCUGUUAUAAGAGCAGAUAACAACAAAGAUUUAUACAUGGUUUUUGAAUAUAUGGAGACAGAUUUACAUAGAGUAAGAUUUUAUUAAAUAUAAAAUAGGUUAUUAGAGCAGAAUUGUUAAACAAUAUGCAUAUAUAAUAUGUGAUGUACUAAAUUCUUAAAUGUCUCAAAUAUAUACAUUCUGGAUUGUUAGUUCACAGAGAUUUAAAACCAGCAAACAUUUUAAUCAAUGCAGAUUGCCAUAUCAAAGUAGCAGAUUUUGGAUUAUCAAGAUGUCUAUCAGAAACAGAAAAUAAUUAAGGUUUUAAAUUUCUAUAUUUUAAGAAAUACCUAUAAUGACAGAAUAUGUUGCUACUAGAUGGUAUAGAGCACCUGAAAUUCUAUUUGGAUCACAUUAUUAUUCUACAGCUGUAGAUAUGUGGAGUGUAGGUUGCAUUUUAGGAGAAAUGAUACUUGGUAAAGCUUGUUUUGCAGGUAUAGAUACAGUAUAUUAAAGGAACUUCAACUUUGGAUUAAAUUGACAAAAUCAUUCAAUUGAUUGGAAAACCUACUAUAUCUGAUUUGGAAUCAAUCAAUGCUCCUAUGGGUUAUCAAAUUAUAGAAUAAAUGGAUAGCAAAAAAUAAUUCAGUUAUCAUUAAUUUUUUCCAAAAGCUAAUGAUCUUUAAAUAGAUUUUAUAAAGUAAAAUUAAAUUAUGAAUUAGAAAAUUGUUAGUUUAUAAUCCAAAAAAAAGAUUAACAGCAGAAUAAGCCUUAGAUCAUCCUUAUUUAAAAGAUUUUAAACAAACAGAACCUGAAACUCUAUUAGAUUAAUGCAUAACAAUUCCAUUUAAUGAUAAUAAGAAACUUAAACUUUAAGAUUAUAGGGAUGCAUUAUAUAAAGGAUUAAUUACUAAAAAAUCUAAUAAUUUAGUUAGCUCUAAUUAUUCAAGUUAUUUAACUAAUAAAUAAAGUCGAAAUGAACCAAAUCCUAAUAGUAUAGUAGUUAAAUCUGAUACAGAACAAUAUAUAUAUAAAUAACCUGUUAAUUAAUAAUAAUAAUAAGUCAGAUGUAAAUCUAGAUUAGAUUAAAGAAGUGAAUCAGUAUCUAAAAAAAUAGCAUAAACUUAAUAUUUCAACAGUCAAGACAUUAUGAGAAUAUAAAGAUAAACUGAUAAAUCAAAAUCUUUUCACAUUGAUGAAGAAGUAUAUAUUAUAUAAUAAUUAAUUUUAGAUGCCAACAGUCCAUAAAUCAAUAACCAAAUAAUAAUUAUUGGAUCAAUAGGUUCCUACAACUACUCAUCAAAAAUAAUAAGAAAAAUCAUAUAAUAGAAUGAAACCUUCUAAUGGUAGUAAAUUAUCAGAAAGCAAAGAAAAUUCAAGGAUUAAUUCAGUAGAAGGAACUAUAAAUAAUCAUCUACUUGCUUAAGCAUAAUUUAAUUUUCAUAAAAGAUUAUAGAAGAAAAAACAAGUUAGUGAAAUAUAUGGGUAAUUUAUAAUUAAUAUUUUUUAUUAGAUAACCUCAUCCAGCAUAAUAAAAUCAGAAAUCUAAGUAAGUUCCUAAAAAAUCUAAAACUCCAGAUCUUAAAAAUUAUUAAAUGGUACACUCAAGAAGUCUAUCAUAAAAUAAAAAUAUUUCUGUGUCAAGAAGUAGUAGUAAACCUAAAACUCGAGGAAGUCCUUAUUAUUCUGAAGGAAAAGUAUUAAAUAGUUAACCAGAUAUGAAUGGCUCUUUUUCAAAGAGUUUCUAUAAUUUUAAUAAUUUGGGUAAAUAUUAUCUAUAUAUUAUUAGUCAAUUCUAAUUUACCUUUGUAUGCAAAAAUAUUGUCUAAACACUAAAAUAUUGUUAAAUUCAAUUAAUAGAAAUUACGCUAUGAAUCAUUAAAGAAAUGA